UCCUACUGUUGGGUGUGCAUCUGAUUCUUGUCUCAAUGGAGGCACGUGCAUGGAGGAACCAACGUACCUGACAUGUACAUGCCCGACAGGAUAUACCGGAUCCAGAUGUGAGAGAGAUCUGACCUGUAAAGGUGUUCUCUGCGAUGAAAGUCAAACCUGCUUUCAAGACGAGUGUGCUUGCAGAGCUGGGACUGUUCUGGUGGACGGAAUAUGCCUAGGCGACUGUUCUCCUUCAUGCAAUUUUGAUCGGGAACGUUGUUUACGCUCUAAUACCGGGGAAGCUUCUUGCGAAUGUCGUCCAGGAUACAGGCCGCUCCAGGGGUCGUCAGCUAAGCUGAACUGUGUCCCAAUACGAAGGAUAUUCCUCAUUACAUUCAUCAUCUAUCAGUUUAAUGGAGCUCCUGCCAUCUUUGCUAAUACUUACCUAAAUCCGGAGAGUUCCCAGUUUCAGAUAGGCUCUUCUGCUAUAGCCUACGUGCUGCCCAGGGUGUUGCAAGCUCGAGGAGUCACUGGCAUAGUCGAUGCAUCCAUCGGCCGCUUCUACCAAGGCAGUCUAGGAGUGGAGGUCAUGCUUAGUGCUGAUGACAACUUCCAAGGUAACGGGACUACCGUGACCUCUGCUAUUACGGAGGAGGGAGAGAACAACGAUGAACAUCUCGCAGUCGAUGGUGAGGACGUCCAGAUAGGUUUGAGAUCACUGACUGUAGCAGAAAUUAUGGAUUACGAUGAAUGUGAGAACGCUACUCUUAACGACUGUUCUAUGGAUGCAUCGUGUAGGGAUAUUUCUGGAGUCGGUUUUAACUGUACAUGUAAUGGCGGAUUCAUCGAUCUUUAUCCCAGUUCACUCCCGGGACGUUACUGCAGGGCUGUGCCAGGUGAUUCGUUGAAUGUGGGUUUGAUAGCUGGCUUAACAGCUACAGUAGCCUUUCUACUUCUCUUCGUAUUGGUGAUGGCGUACAUGAUCAUCCUUCGGUUGAGACGAAGGAAAUAUUCCCAUAACAUCCAGCGCUUCAUGAGGAAUCACUCCAACACCGGAUACUUCUCGCGAAGUGAAGAACCCGAUGAGUUACAGAUGACGUAUCGAGAUGGAAGGUCGCACUCUGAAUUUGAUCACCAUGAGCCGUCCAUGCCUGAUCCUGUGCAUGAUAUAGACACGAUGAACCAUGGGUUUGAAAAUGAUAUGUACGACACCGUGUAUGAUUACGACGACGACUUCGUCGACGAUCACACCGAUGAAGAUCACGGACAGAGCAACAUGGAUCUCAGUGUGGUCUAUAAUGAUAUUGCUCAUGAACUUCAUGACCGUAACUACGAUGAAUAAUAAUCAAUAUUUAAAUGACAAAUCGUGACAUUUGAUAACAAAAAAUACCUGAGUCAUUUUUACUACUUCUGAGGAUAAACGAUAACAAAUAAAUCUUUCAGUGAUGUUACCCGUUUUCAUUUGAUAUACAUAGGCAGAUCGUUUUCAUUCAUACACAGUUUAAGAUUGAAAAUUGACUUAUGGUUAUUGAAAGGGGGCGGGGGGGCUCUAUUCCACUAAUUUAGGCGAAUGUCUCAAAUUUGUUUAAAGAAAAUGACUGGGCAGUAUUUGUUACUGCCUGCCCAUGUAUGUAUUUUCUUUUGCUUACGCAUUCUGCGAACAUAAUUUUUGUCAUAAGGAUCAUAAGCAGUAAAAUGUUAUUUGAUAUUUUUGCUUGUAUAGUAUUCAGGUUUAACACACACGUGUAUGUGCUUACUUUGGGUGUAUGGGGUUGAUGAGUUACUCAUAUUAUUUGUUUCUUGUAUUUUCUUGUAUUUUCUUGUAAAU